AUGGCACCGAAACUCGACCCCAACGAAAUCAAAAUCAUCUACCUGCGUGCUACGGGUGGAGAAGUUGGCGCGUCGUCUGCUCUUGCGCCAAAAAUCGGUCCUUUGGGAUUGUCUCCAAAGAAGGUGGGAGAAGACAUUGCCAAAGCGACGACAGCUUGGAAAGGUCUGCGGGUCACCGUCCAGCUCACUAUCCAAAAUCGGCAAGCAGCGGUGUCGAUUGUCCCGUCUGCCUCGUCUUUAGUUAUCCGGGCCCUUAAGGAACCCCCACGCGACCGGAAAAAAGAAAAGAACAUCAAGCAUUCGGGGAAUAUUCCUUUGGACGAAAUAUACGAAAUCGCCAGGACUAUGAAGUCGAAGUCGCUCGCGAAGGAGCUGUCUGGAUGUGUUAAGGAGAUUUUGGGUACUGCUCAAAGUGUUGGCUGCACUGUUGAGGGCCGGCCGCCUCACGACAUCAUCGACGACAUUAACAGUGGCGAGAUCGAAGUACCAGAGGAGUAA